AUGAAGAAGCAUUCCCUAACUGGCUCUUUCCUUGAAAUAAAUGAAUGUGCAUCAAAUCCUUGUGACAAUGGAGAGUGUAUUGAUGAAGUCAAUCAAUAUUUUUGUAUAUGUUUACUUGGAUGGACUGGUACUAACUGUGAAACAGAUAUUGAUGAAUGUUUUGAGGAGACAGAUGAAUGUGAUGAUAAUGCCAACUGCCAAAACGCUGUAGGGAGUUAUACAUGUACGUGCAAGGAUGGAUACAGAGGAAAUGGUUUCAACUGCUAUGAGAUAAUACUUUUCCCAUUUGGUACCGCCAUUGAAGAUAAAAAGUUGAGACAGACAUAUGAUAAAGCAGUAACAGACUCUACGGCAGACCUAUAUGACUUGAUAUCGCCGACUAUAAAACCUCCCGUCGGUUUUCCCUUCAUGGGUCAAUUCUACUACAGUUUGUAUUUUACGGACAAUGGGUUAAUAGUUUUCAUGAAUGAAAAUGACGAGAAAAAUGCAUAUGCACAUCCUUCUGGCAUAUUCAAUUCCUCACAUCAAAUACCAAUGGUUGCUGCAUUUUGGGAAGAUGUGGAUAUGUCGGACGCUAAUAUAGGAGAAGUUUAUUAUCAGGAAUAUAGCUAUGAUAGCAGUAAUCAUAACUUGUUUGUUGAUGUUAACAAGCGCAUAUACAAUAUUUAUGGUGACAACGAUUCAGACGGCCCUGGUAAUUUUAAUGCAACAUGGAUCCUGAAAGUUACCUGGUUUGAAGUUGCUGAUUUCAGUGUUAAAUACUCAAGAAAUUAUCCAAACACAUUUCAAGCACUUCUAGCAACAGAUGGUAUCUUUGGGUUUGUAAUACUGAAUUACAAAGAGCAAGAGAUGAGGUGGAAAUAUGCGAACAAAAAAGAACACAAUGUUGUUUACGGAUACAACAGUGGUGCCGGCCAAAUUAUGAACUUACACACUGGUUUCAACAUCUCUGAACGAUACCGGCCAGAUUUACAAAUAGGUAACACUGGUUUACAAGGUCGCUGGAUAAUACGACUGGAAACUAAUACGAAAAGUACCGUAAACUAUAAGAAACGAUGUUUGGAUUGGUAUAAUUUGCAACCUCCACCAGAAACAUGGAAUAGAGGAUUGAGUGGAUGUCCAUGUGGAUUCCAACAAGGGGAAAAUGACAACUCAUUUGGACGAGGAAAUCAACCACCACCAUCGAAUAAUGGUCUUAGUGAUGAUGAACGGAAUCAUGGAGUGUCGGACGAAAUACAGCAAGGCAUUAGUAGAAGAAGAGGCUGGAGCUUUACUCUACAAACGGCAAAUUCCAAUCCACAUGGGGCAGGAAUGCAAUGUGCGUAUCGAGGAGAAGAUCACUCGUUGGUUGAAGGGUAUGAUGGUGAUGUUUGGAGAAGCAGCUUUCAGGAAAGAUGGCAGUAUAUAUUCCGUGGUUGGGGUUGGUGGGCAGACUUUUCACCCGAGAUGUAUUGGCUCUGGUUAGAUGAUGAUUUAUUACCUCGAUACUAUUGUUGCAGUAUGUCCAAUGACCCAGCAUUCUGUGAGAUGUAUGCAGAGAAAAGGCCUGCUGGGAAAUGUGAAGGAUAUAUACCUCCGAGUUCUGGUUGGAUGUUUGGCGAUCCGCAUCUAAAAACUCUUGAUGGAGUUUCGUAUUCUUUCAAUGGUCAAGGAGAAUAUACAUUGCUAGAAAUUGAGGGCAACCGGUUUGAACUACAGGCAAGAACUGAAAGAGCCAGGUUUAACAAUGGAUCAGAAACCUUUGCAACAGUAUUCACAGGGUUUGCUGCCCAACAAAAUGAUUCCAGCAAGGUGGAAAUUAGAUUGUCUAAACUGGACAGCACAGAAGCGAAUCAAACACAACGUGAGAUUGAAAUAUUUAUCAAUGGAAAGAUGUUGAACAUAUCAGUUCUGGACGAAGAUUUUUACAGUGAUGAUAUGGUUAAUGUCAAACUGAGACUAAAAGAAGAUAGUAGUGACACUACAAGAAUAGUUGCAAUAUUUUCAUCUGGUUUGUCAUUCUCUGUGGCUAAGUUAAGUGGAAUAUUGGAUAUUGUUGUCAGUACGCCGACAUCAUUCAAGGGAAAAACACAAGGACUUCUCGGUACAUGGAACAAUAAUACAAAUGAUGACUUCACUAUGAGAAACGGUACAGUAGUGGUGUCCUCAGAUGGAAGCAUCACUGACCGACAACAGUUUGAGUGUGGCCAAACAUGGAUGGUAACUAAUGAAUCAUCAUUAUUUACAUAUCGUGUCGAUGAGUCCUGGGAAUUGUUCAAUUAUCCAGAUUUCACUCCAUACUUCAUUGAUGAGUUAAUAGAUGAGUUUGAAGAAAAAGAUAAAGACUUUCUAAACAUGACACGCAUUGCAUGUGAAAAUAACAUAGAUUGCGUCUAUGACACGUUGGCUACCAGGGCAAUGGAGAUUGGACUGAAUACUAAAACAAAUUCAGACAAUUUUGAAGACAAUGCAUCAAAGCUAGAAAACUAUCCACCUCGUGUGAAUGGAGAGGACGUAUUGAGAGUAGAAGUCAAUAAACCUACAACAAUAGAACUGACUGCAGAAGACCCCAAUGGAGAUUCAGUGAAGUUUAAGUUUCUAGAAGAAAUAGGUGGCGCUGAGAUUGGGGAAGAGUCCGGAAUUAUUACCUGGACCCCGGUAAACACAUCCCAAAUAGUCUUCCAGGUUGAAGCAUCAGAUGGCAAUGCAGUCUCAGCAUACAAACCAGUGGUGCAGAUAUGUGAUUGUAAGAAUAAUGGAACGUGCCUCUUUGACACUAGUGACAUAAGUAGUAAUACCGUGAAUUCAAAGUUUAAGGUUGUAGCGUGCAGUUGUCCUGAAGCAUACACUGGUUGGUUCUGUGAAACUGAUACUGAUGGUUGCUUGGAUGACCCAUGUUUCCCUGGUGUUAAAUGUACUGAUGUCGAGGCUCCAGGUAUUGGUGCUGUAUGUGAGGGAUGUCCGUAUGGACUUUCAGGCGAUGGUAAAAAAUGCUAUG